AUGGCAGGUGCUCGACGGAGCCGGGGCUCGCUGGCAGUUUUGCUUCUGGCACCGCUGUUCUUCAGGCUGGACGAUGUCUUCACCUCAUUCUCUUCGACGCCCAGCAGCGCGCUGCGCCGCUCAUCCGAGGCCCUCCUUGUUGCGCCCAAGCUCCGGCCCAACGAGCGGCUCCAGCUGACUCUUUGCCAAGCUCGGGGUGGAGAUGCCAAGGGCUCCCUGGUCGUCAUUGCUGGCCCACCUGCGGCAGGCAAGGGCACGCAGUGUGAGAAGAUCAAGGACAAGUACGGUUUCGUCCACAUCUCCACAGGCGACAUCCUCCGCGACAACGUGAAGAAGGAGACCGAACUGGGCAAGAAGGCCAAGGGCUACAUGGACUCCGGUGCGUUGGUCCCUAGCGAGCUCAUUGUGGACCUGGUCAAGGAUCGCUUGAUGCAGGAGGACGUGAAGGAGAAGGGCUGCCUGUUGGAUGGCUUUCCUCGCGCCCCGGAUCAGGCUGAGGCCAUGGUGGAUGCUGGCCUGGAUGUCCAGAAGUUCCUGGUGAUUAAGGUGCCUGACGACACCUUGGUGGAGCGCGGCUGCGGCCGUCGCUUGGACCCCGAGACUGGCGAGAUCUACCACCUGAAGUUCAGGCCACCUCCUGAGGAGAUCGUGGACCGCCUGGUGCACCGUAGCGACGACCAGGAGCCGCUGGACCUCAGGGGCUGUCAGGAACGGGGAGCGGCUGCGAAUUUCAUCGCCGGCUGCGAAGUACGGAUACAUCGCUUUGGACACCUCUGCUGA